GGUCGUAACGUUGCAUUAAGACACAAUGCAGCUCAGACAUCUACCUACAGAGAGUUGACAAUCGAUGCAACAGCAUCCAAAGCCGUUGACGGUAACACCAGUGGAAUAUUCACUGACAAUACUUGCUCUCAUACAAACGAUUCAAGCCCAAGCUGGAAUGUAACCUUUGACCACGCACAAGUACUCAACAGAAUCUUUUUGUACAAUAGAAUUGAGAGCAGUAAGUGUUAA